AUGUCGGCUCAGACGGUGCAACCGCUGCGCAUCAACAAGACGACGCCUUUGUCACCGAAGAGCAAAAUGAAUGGCUCUGGCAACCCGCAGCCUUUGUCAGAAUUAAGCCCGGUAGAGGGCCGCAGAAACUCAGGAAACUUCAAACAAACAAACAAGAAGGGUACAGCCAACGGAGAUUCAUCGCCAUUUGAUUCUUCUCCCAACACAACGGCCUCCCCACGAGCCUUUUGGCAAGGACAUGCCAGCUCAACAGCGCAAAAUCGGCUCAGCUUUGAGAAGUCAACGACCGGAAAGGAACAUUCGCCGUCUCCGAUGAGACGCACUUCCAUUGAAAACCUCAAGCGAGCCUCGAGAGUUAAGAAUAGUAGUAUGUUUGCGCGCGAAGCAAAGCAGGAUGAAAAUGUCAAAUUAGACAAUAGCAAGCCUCCCCUGUCAAACCAUGCACGGCAAGACCUCAAACCUCUAGAACCUCUUUCGCCCAGCAGAAACCAGACCUCGCCGACUAAAUCAGCGCUUUCUUCAAAUGGCAGAUUCGGUGCGGCAUUGAGGACCUUUGAUCCGGAGAGGGGCAAUUGGUCCGACGAUGCCGCGUCCGAAGACGAGCGAAAGCACCCAGUCAGCCGCAUCCAGCGUGGCUAUGCGAAGAGUGUCACUUUUGAUGCCGCCCCUCCGCAAAUCAACGAGUACGAGAUGACCACACCAGAUCUCUCCGUAGCUUCCAGCUCCCGCGAAGGAAGCUAUGAUUCCGUUGAAGAUGAAGAAGAUGACGAGGAGGAGGGAGAAGACAGCUAUGAGGAGGAGUCGGCCGAAGACAUGGAUGACAGCUUCGAUGCCUCCCUCGAAGACACUGACAAAACUCCCGUGGUGGAGCCGGACGACUGGCCGCACAUGUCUCCUCAAGCGGCACAUGCACGAUAUGACCCACAUUUAGAAGACCCUUUCGACGAAUCUGCCAGUCCAGCGCACAUAGAAACGAUUCACGAGCGACCAACUCCAACUCGAUCCGACUCGGAAGGUUCCAAUGGCGAUCGACGUCCUCUUCCACCGCUUCCACCACCUGGCUUGGCCCCUUUUGCGCGGGAGCGAUCGGCAUCCACAAGCAGUCUAUCCGCAGCAGCAGAACGUAUGAGAAGCUUCCAGCGUCGCACUCCAUCUCCUCCACGGCCAGCGUCAGCGACAAAGGCGGAGAUUCACAGUCUGCAAGGAAACGCCAUGCCUCUGUCCGAGCGGCUGCAACUCAUGAUGCUUCAUGAUGACGGCGACAGGAAGCAGAAUGCUGACGAGCCUCAAAAGAAGAAGAAGGAGGAGGAGGAGGAGGAGGAGGAGGAGGAGCCAGAAAAUGGUUCUAAUUUACCAGAGGAAGAAGACUACCAACUGCCGCACAUCUCUCGGGAAUCCAUUUUGCAAAAGGUCAAGGACAACUCGCAACAUUACAGUUAUGAUUUUUCUUCCCCGGCACCGAGUUCAAGCCCAGAUAGAAAUCUGCGCGACCUUGAUCCCGAUGUACCAAUUCCUUCACUGGAAGAAUCUAUCGUCUUUGACGGAAAUGAGGAACAUCAUCACUCCCAGCACGGCAAUGACGAAGAGCAGAAUGACCUGAUUAGGUACUCGAUUCCAGAAAACUAUAGAAACCGCUCAGAGUCAGCCUUUGAAGAUGACAAUGAUGAUAGCGGCUCAGUCAUUCACCACGAUAUCAGCGAUCGUGACCUUACAGAAGAAUAUGAAGAUGAUGCAAGCCAGUAUUCUCAGCAGACAGCUGAGGCUGAACCUGAGCAGCCCUCUUCUGAUAGUACCGUCGAGGACGAGGCGCCCCCAACUCCGACUCGACGAGUGUCUGCCGAGCGCCAUACUGAAGGCACUGAAGACAAACACAAGAGCUUGAUUGAUUUUGACUCUUUUAUGAACUCGGAAGACUUCAGAAUAGGAUUUGGGUCAUAUAUGGACGACUCAACCCAACAGCGUCUUGAUCACCACGAGCAAACAGAGCAGCAAAUGGAGCAACCGCAAGAGAUUUUGGAGAGACCGAUGACGCCGGCCGACCAAUUACAGCCACCAAACUUUUCAUUUGAGGGGCAAGAGGACACGCCGUGCACUCCGGAUUCAGUGAUCCAUCGUCCAAUGCAUUCUGACGCAUCGCCUCCGCCACCGCCUAGCAACCGGCUAAGCAUUCCUGAUCCAAUUGCCACAAUUAAAGCGCCUGGCGGCAAGCUCAAGACAAGACCUUCAGCCACGCCAGCUGAUAUGGCAACACUUGCAGCCACAAGACGCCAAGUCAGUGGCAAUUAUGGAGCUCCGCCACCGCGAGCCUCGUCGCCAGAAGAAGUUCCAGCUGUGCCAGCACUUCCAGAGAAGGUUGAAACACCUAUUAAUGAAGAGGCGCAAGCCGGUAACCGUUCGGACGAAACCGAGUCCGAGGAUCGGGUUGGUGAUCUUAAAGCCCAAACCAACGCGAAGAGUUUGGGCGAGAUUGAGAAACCUGAAGCACAAUUGGCGCGAAAGCGCAGCCUGAUGCAACUCGAUAUUCCUGUCGCUGGUUUCGCAGAGGGUUUGACAUUUGGUCUGGAUAAGGAGUUUGACAGAGUCAUUGAGAAUCAAAAGCGAGGCUAUUUGAUGCGGCAGAACACCAAAGUCAUUGUCGCAAGCAGCAAAACGGAAGAUUCGGCGCCGGAAGCCCCAGAGAGGGGAACGCGGUCCGCUAGCAGCAGUCCGAAAAAACCAACCCAUGAGCGCUCGCAAUCAUGGACGACCGAGCCUUGGAACGGAAAGUCGCGUCGGCGGAGCAUAAGGCAGACAUCCUCAGCUAUACAAAAGGCUCCGUUGAACAGCCCAGCGCCGCCUCUGCCAGGAACCCAGAGCAACGUCAGUGGCCAUGUUGCAACUACAACUACCCCUGUCGAGGAAGAAACCGCAGAAGAAGGUAGCGAGAGGGGUAGACUGUUUAUUAAGGUUGUCGGAGUUAAGGAUCUGGACUUGCCGUUACCUAAGAAUGAGCGAACAUGGUUUUGUCUGACGCUGGACAAUGGUCUUCACUGCGUUACUACCGCAUGGCUGGAGCUGGGCAAAAAUGCGCCCAUUGGCCAAGAAUUUGAGUUGGUAGUCUUGGAUGAGCUCGAAUUUACAUUGACUCUUCAGACCAAAUUGGCCGAACCAGUUCCGCAAACAAUCUUUGACAGCCCUUCAAGGAUACCCAAGAGUCCCAAACCGUCUACUUUUAGUAGAGUAUUUGCUUCACCAAGGAAGCGUAAAGAGCUGGACAAGAAACAACAAGAAGAAGAGCAGCGAUUGGCUGCUCAGCGCGUACAGGAAGCAAAUGCCAAGCGUCGAUCAGUACGCAUCACUGCGUGGGAUCUUUUGCAUAACCUUGUUGGAAAGGAUGGCAGCUUUGCGAGAUCUUAUGUCUGCCUCGGCGACCAUGAGAAGCAAGCUUUUGGUCAAGCGCACACCGUCACGGUCCCUUGCUUCAAUGAAUGGGCUGUUGACGAAAACGCCGCCAACAGUAGCGUCAAGAGUAAGCGCAGCAAUGUUGGGGGAGCCCCAAAGCGACCGCCUUACCGAAUUGGAAAGCUUGAAUUGCAACUAUUCUACUUGCCAAAGCCAAAGAAUGCGCAGGACUCGGACAUGCCGAAGAGCAUGAGUGCAUGCAUCAGAGAGCUUGAAGAGGCUCGAGCAAGCGCGGCAAGAACAUGGGAAGGUGUUCUCACUCAGCAAGGUGGUGAUUGUCCGUACUGGCGUCGCCGCUACUUUAAGCUCGAUGGGUCUAAACUCACUGCUUAUCAUGAGACAACGCGCCAGCCAAGAGCUACGAUUAACUUGGCGAAAGCCUCUCGUCUGAUUGAUGACCGGUCGUCGCUCCUGCAAAAAGAAGCUUCUGGCAAAGGAGGCUCUCGCCGAAAGUCUGCAUUUGCUGAAGAAGAAGAAGGCUACAUGUUUGUCGAAGAGGGUUUCCGGAUUCGCUUCGCGAAUGGAGAGACCAUUGAUUUCUACGCUGACAACCCUGAGCAAAAGGAGGACUGGAUGAAGGUGCUGAGCGAAGCUGUUGGCAAAGAGGGUGGUGGCAAACGUGGCUGGACCGAUAUUGUCCUGGCUAAGGAGAGAUCAGCUGCAAAGCCACCAGCUUCCACAACGAAGGCGUCUCCUGAAAAGAGACUGCCUAUUCCCACCUCGUCCCGGUCGGUGCCUAGCACUCCGAGCCGUGGCGGCGCUCCUGUGCCCGUGGAGAAGAGCCCUCGACACCAGCCGGGAACGCCGCGGACUACGGGUCAUCGCCCAAGCAAAUCUGUGGUUUUUUGA